AAUUUUAACUAUUUUAAUCAAUUAACAGCCCUAAUUAAUAUGCAAAUUUGCAGAUAACAAUUUUCCAUUUAUGUCAGCAAUAUUUAGGACAAAAGGAAAAUGCACAAUUUUCUAAAAAAGAAUUAAAAUGAAAACUGACAUUUAAUUUUCAAGGACUUAACCUACUGUACAGUGGACAAUAUUCAAAUGUUAAAUCAAAUUUUAAAAUUGGUUUUAAUUUAAAUUUUUUACUCAAAUAACUCAUACAUAUGUGCAAAAUUACAAUUUUAUUGUAGAAUUAAAUUCUUUAAUUUUCAAGUUUACAUUGUCAUUUUAAUAAAGUCCUCUAUGGGCUUCCAUACUCAUAGGAGGUUUUAUGAAAUAAUCAUGCACCAUCUCUUCAUAAUGUCUCCUACGAGUCUAGUAUUUAAAAAGAAAACAUUUUUUAUUUGUUAUACAUUUUUAUUUUCUUAUAGUUUAGACAAUUGAUUAUUGUGGGUAACAUUUUACUUUCACCCAGAUAUUUGUUAACACUUGUUAAACUUUGACCAUUAAACAUUUGCUGAGUUGGCGUUUAGCAAUUCCUGUUUGCAAACUGUUUCUCACAGAUUUCAAACCACAAACAUAAAGAAAGACAACCAGAUCUUAUCUUUACUUUCAUGCGUGUAUAUUUAUGCUCCUAUUAUAGCAGCAGCACUUGAAUACAUCAUCUUCAGAGCCUUUAUACAUAUAUAUUACAGCAGUUUCAGGGGUAACACGAAAUGAGUAAUGAGCUGAAACAGAGAGAGAGGAGGGUGUGGAGGUGAAAGAGGAAGACAUGAAUGAGAGCUUUCAUAUGUUUCCCUUUUUAUCAGCAGUGUUUUCAGUGUGUGUUCAAACUGGUGCAGCUGCCUCACCACCAUCACCAACAUCAUCAUCAUCACCAUCAUCAUCACCUGAAGGAGCGGCGAGGGAAACCAGCAGCACGAUCCAGACUUCAACCCGGACCCGUCACGUUGACCUGGUGACCCUGUAGAGGAGAAAAAGAUAUUGUACAACAUGUACAACACGUCCAACCAGUCAGAAUACGACCUUGACUACAACGACACUGACUACGACCUGGUCGAACCGUGUUCUCACCAUAAGAACCACAGCCUUGAGCAGGUGGUCGGCCCGUACGUCCACUCCAUCAUCUUCAUCCUGGGCUUUGUGGGGAACAGCCUGGUGAUCGUCACGUAUGCCUGCUACAAGAGGACCAAGUCCAUGACGGACGUCUACCUGCUGAACGUAGCCAUCGCGGACCUGCUGUUCGUGGUGUCGCUGCCUCUCAUCGUCUACAACGAGCUGUCGUCGUGGUCGAUGGGGCCGGUGGCGUGCAAGCUGCUGCGCGGCUCCUACAGCGUGAACCUGUACAGCGGCAUGCUGCUGCUCGCCUGCAUCAGCACCGACCGCUACAUCGCCAUCGUCCAGGCCCGCCGCAGCUUCAGACUGCGCUCGCUGUCAUACAGCCGCGUCAUCUGCGUCAUGGUCUGGGCCUCCGCCAUACUGCUGUCCGUCCCCACCUUCUACUUCUACGACCGGUACGAGCCGUCCCACACCAAGGACGUCUUCAUGGACGAGGAUGAGAUGAACCAAUCCUCAGAGCCGUCGCGGCACGUCUGCGACUUCAGCUUCAGUGACAACACCACGGCCUGGAGGACGAAGGUGGCGGUCCCCAGCAUCCAGCUGGCCGUGGGCUUCUUCCUGCCGCUGCUCAUCAUGAUCUUCUGCUACAGCGCCAUCAUCCUCACCCUGCUGAAAGCCAGAAACUUCCAGCGGCACAAGGCGGUGCGGGUGGUGCUGGCCGUGGUGGCGGUGUUCAUCGUCUGCCACCUGCCCUACAAUGUCACGCUGCUCUACGACACCGCCAACAUGUUCGAGCUGCAGUUGUGCGAAGACUCGGACUUCCUGCGGUCGGUCAAGACGGUGACGCAGACCAUCGCCUACCUGCACUGCUGCCUGAAUCCGGUGCUGUACGCCUUCGUCGGGGUGAAGUUCAGGAACCACUUCAGGAGGAUCGUCCAGGACCUGUGGUGUCUGGGGAAGAAGUACAUCGCCCCGCGCCGCUUCUCCAGAGUCACCUCCGAGUUCUACGUGUCCACCCGCCGCUCGCAGGACGGAUCCAGCGAAAAUGGCUCGUCUUUCACCAUGUGAGGAGGCCCGGCGGGUUCAAGCUGUGGACCAGAAACUUCCUUUCUAAACCCAAAGAGCUGAACCGGAGGAGGUCCAAACCUGAGCUUCAAGCUGUAGUCUCAAUCACAAGAUAAAUCUGAGAUCAUUUAAAAUGUGAGAAAUCUGCUGCACCAGCGAUGUUCGUCUUUCUUUUCUUUAAUCUUUUUUUAUCGUGAAAUCCUCUUCAGGACUUUUAAAACUGUUGAAAUGAAACAACCUGAGAAGGAAACAUGACUCGCUUUACGAGUUGGACCGCCGGUAUCAUUUGUGUUAAUUCGCUCUAGACGCGCCGGAGAGGAGAAGGAGCUUGUUUCCGUAGAUACCAACAACUUUUCUUUCCUCCAUUCCCUCCAUCAACCAUGGAAGAAAUAACCACUGUUGCUGCUUUGUAGAAUAGAAAGCUUUAUUGUCAUUGUAUUAAAUACAACGAGAUUCACAGUUUCCACUCCUGGUCAGUUGUACGUCUUGUAGGAGUCCUAGAUGUGUCAGAAAACCAAACGCUGUCGUGUCAAGUUUCAUAACGUCACCCGGCGGCGAGCUGUAUUCACAUCGACCCUAUUUCACUGACUGUAUCUAGCAAGCCACACGUCGUUACUGCGGUAUGAACC